AUGAGUGGAUCUAUUACACCUAUCAACAAUGGUGGCAGUGUAAACAACAAUACCACUAUAGGUGGUGGUUUGAUAAAAUCAUUUUCAAAUUUAGUAUCGAGCAAUACUUUUCAGAAACAACAACAGCAACAACCAGAAUAUAAUAUAAUAAAUAUAACAGAGAAUCACGAAUCGAUCAUUCAUCUUCAUUUGAAUGAUAUAGAUCACAGUGAUGAGAAUCAACAAUUUACAGCACUGAUAAAAAACAAUACAAGAAAGUUUUAUUUCAAAGGUAUCAUCAAUUCUAUUGGAAAAGUACCUACUACCUGUGAGGAUUCACAUUUCCUUUCACAAGAUUUCACAGCUGUUGGUGUUGCGGAUGGUGUUGGAUCAUGGCGCUCUGUUGGUGUCGAUCCUGGUGAAUAUAGUAGAUCACUUAUGAAACAUGCAAACAAUUUAUCAAACAGCAUAAACUAUCUGAAACCGUUCGAUCUGAUAGAACAAGCAUAUAAUCAGACACAGAACAUACAGGGAAGUUCUACAGUGUGUAUAUUAAAAUUAAUUGGAACAAGAAUGUAUCAUGGUUUAGUUGGCGAUUCUUCAUUUUUAAUCAUUCGAAAAGAUCAAAUUUUAUAUAGAUCAAAAGAACAAACUCAUAAACCAAAUCAUCCAUUUCAACUUGGACAAGGAUCAACAGAUAGACCAACUUCAGGCGAUUAUAACGAACACAAUGUACAGGAGAAUGAUAUAGUGGUGAUUGGAACUGAUGGAUUCUUUGAUAAUGUCUUUGACGAGGAGGUAUUGGAAGCGAUAAGAAAAGUAGAGUCUGUCGAAACAUUUUUUAAACUCUUGAUGGACAUUGCUAGGAGUAAAUCAGUUGACCCCAACUCAAAUACUCCACACGGAGUUCGAAAUCAGCAUAGAGGUGGCAAACAAGAUGAUAUUACUGUAGGAUGUUUUGUUAUUUCCUACAAUCAAAAAGAAUAG